AAAGCUUUCGGCGAGGGAUCCAUUGGUAAAUUCUUAUAUGUUAACUUCAUGAUGAACGAGUUCUCCUACCUGAACAUCACCAGUACUGGACGGAAUCUUAUUCAAGAUGAAGGCGAAUGUGCCUUCGCCUGUCUAAACAUCCCCUCAUGUUUCUCCUACAACAUGGCUACCUUCCCUGACGUCAACGGAAAACUUCUCUGCGAAUUACUGCCAUCGGACAAGUAUAACAACACGGAAAAAUUCAUCACCAGCAAGGAAUUUCAUCACUUUCAUAUUCCGGUGAGUGAAACUCCGUUUAUCUUACACUAAUAUAAAAACAAUCUUUUUAAAGUUCCUCUUAUAGAAGCAUUUAGGAAUUGGUCGAUAGUAAAAUUUUGUCGCUUAUGAAACUCACUAACCCUAGCCAUUUACUAAAUUAUAUAUAAAAAAACUGACUUUUUAAGGGUAACAAAAUCACUAGUAAACGAGUAGUUUUUAUUGAGGUCCGCAAGGUUAAGGAUCCCAACUGGCCGGAGGUAAACCAGUUGGCUUUUUACAAGCGCAUCCAAGGAGAUGAACUCGAGAACAAAUCCGCUUAGCGGUCAGAGAAGAGAGAGAAGAUUGAACUCGGCUCCUCCGGGUCUCAGUUCCAGCGCUCUAACCGCCACUCGACCACUCUGCUUUGAUGGCAAGAGGGAACUGAAAAAUAAUAGUUACAUGCCUUGGUCACUGAAAGACGAGGGAAGAACAAAGCAACAACGACUUUCAGUACUCUCUUUUAGGGUAGCGAGAGAAAGAUGGCAUGAAAUUGUUUUAAUAGCGAGGAGAGCAAACCCCACUAGGUUUUUCAUCUCUUGUUGCGACACAUGACUGAUGAUGUCCAUAAUAUUCGCUUGAGAUGAUAAUACUAUAUAACAGUGUUAAGAGGUUUAAAGAACUGAUUUAAAAAACAAACUUUUCCGACUUCAUCUUCAUCUUCGUAACCGUAGAUCUUAGAAAAGAUCAAGUUUUAUCCCAUUUCUAUCCUAGCCCUAUUCAUGGCCAAUCACUUACUGCUAUAAAAUUUCACUGCAGCUUUAGUUUAGUGUCUCUGGACCAUUUUCUUAUGGUCUUUUUUGUAACGCACAUUGGUGCUAAGAAAAACUGGGAAAGGCAAAAAGUCUUACAAUAAUACCUGCGACAUGCUUUUUCAGUUUGCGCCCCCUAAACUGUGGAACUCACUACCACUAGAUUUGCACAAGACACCAUCCUUAACAAGUUUUAAUUAAAAAACUGAAAACAUAUGUUUUUGCGCAAUUUUUAGAGAGUAGGUAAAUGUUUUCGUAAAACGAUUUUAAUAACUGUAAUGCAUAAUAUAUCGAUAAUUCUAGGUCUCGAGCCACUGUAUUUCUAGCCUUGAAAAUUUUAUAUCAAAAUAUUUUGAAAACGCUUUCAUGGAUUUUGCUCAAACUUCACGAACAUCGAGGCAGUUAUAUUGGAGGAAAAAGCUCUUGCGAACAAUUUUGGAAAAAAAAUCCCCAGUGCCGAGAAAAAAGGCUGCAAGUAUAAUAGCUAAUGACGUCAUUUCGUUGCUAUGACAACUCCGAAGUCAUGGAAACCCUGAUCAGAACAAAUUUAUCUAAUACAGCUGUGCUGAUAAUUUUUCCAAAUCUUUGUUAAUAGCAACGUAGUCUACACGCAAACUUGGGAGGUAUUGACCCUGAAAAACCCUAUCGAGCCACCUUAAGCUUGAACAAACAUAAGCCAAAUCAAUAUCACCUGUCUCGGUAAAACCAACAAACAGCAAGUCCUAACAAACAAAAUGUACUGCACUACAUACUGGAUGUAAAAACAUUUAUCGUCUAAGAAAACUGUGCAUGUGAAUGUGAGGAAAGGGAGUAUAGUUUGCUUUUUUUUUCACUCAGAAUAUCUGCGACACCCAUCCUUGUCUUAACAACGGAAAGUGCUAUUUUAAAUACACCGACAAAAGGUACGGAUGUGUUUGCGCAUCUGGCUACACCGGAGAAAACUGCGAGAAAGGUAAAUGCGAGCCUACUUUC